AUGGCGCCGCUAGCGGGUCUCAACUACAAGAGCUGUCGCGUGGAGGAACUCAAGGUGUUUGUCGAGAAGCGCACCGGGAAGAAGCCGCCGAAGAGCAGCAAGAAGCAGCGUCUGCUCGACACGCUGCAGCAGUUGGACGACGCUCCUGCAGUAUUCCGUUUCUUAGAUCUUCCCGCUGAAAUGCGAAACCUCAUCUACGGGCACCUCUUGAAUCUGUACUCAGGCAACAAAGGCAAAAUGUGCUGUUCGACAGCCAUUCUACGAUGCUCCAAGCAGACACGCGACGAAGCUCACGGCAUCCUCUACGGCCACAACGUUCCAUCCAUCGACAUCAAGAUCUUCCACAGGCCGAGUGGCACCACCUUUCCUGGCGCCCAAGUUCGCGAAUACUCGUUUCUUGGUGUCAAAGUGACCCACUCUGGAUUUGAAAGAAGCCAGCGGCGAAUAAGCGCGAUUUUCAGCAGCUGGCCGGCAGAACUCUUGCGCUUCCAUGGCAUCGAUGUCAACUUCGUAGUCGAUGCUCAAAACUCCACGGAUAAGGUGGACGCUCCAGAACACCUGCGCGUCGCUCUCAACCACACUCUUUACAGUAUCUGCACGUUCCUUGCCAGCAGCGGUGCUCUCAAAACGGUCAAUGUCAGUCUUAAACUGGAUAACGGAGAGCCGCCGGACGACGAAGAGCUUCGGCAGAUACUAUGGCCUGUUACUCGUCUUGGUCGAGUGUCGAAACAGAAACUGGAAGGCGUUCCGACGGACAUCGAGCAGUACGUUCGCGCCAACGAGCCCAAGGAUUUGACCGUGACGCCCAUUGACGUUCUGGGCAAAGCCUUCCGACUCUGCAAGAAAUCUCAGCACCUCAAGACAUUGAUGAACGAUGUCAUGCAGCGGAACCACAAAGACAGGGUGAUUGCUCGCAGCUAUGAGAUCCACGAAGCGCUGAAAAGUACCAGGUACAUUACUGAGCACGAUGAGGAGGCGCUGAAGCAGCAAAUUCGCAAGCUGGAAGAAAUGUUUGCCGAUCCCGUGUUCACUCAGAUCAAGGCCAAGGCUGAUGCUUACAUUGCACGCGUGCAGGCGACAAGAGAUGGGGCUUUUGAAGAGGCGUGA